CUGCUGGUGCCAAAGUUCCAUGAACCGGGUCAUAAAGCAGAGGACCACGAACAAUUCUCUUUCAACCUCGCUGAAGGCGCCGCUUUAUCGGAUGGAGAAUGUCCUGAAAGGAUAUGGGCACCCCACAACGUUCUAGGAAACUCAACCAAGACUGCGGGGCCAGGUACGAGGCAGGAUCUGAUUGAUGACCAUUUCAGAUUUUGGAACUGGCUCAAA